AUGUACCCAACGGAAAAUUUAAAACAUGGACCUUUAAAGUUGAAUCCGUUCGUCGCCCAAAAAAGCUUGGACCACAACAUUAUGUUGAAGACGAUACAAAACCUUUGUUACAACAAGUCAAACGCGAACCCGUUUAAUAUGACAUCACCGUUUCUAGUCGACAAUAUUUUGCAUCAACAGAAAAACGUUAAUUUCCACAACCAAUAUUUGAAUCAGCAAAUUGAAAACUAUGUUCUGCAAAGACAAAAUUACGAGAGAUCAAGGGAGAAUUCCCCCGAGAUGGAAGACGGUAAAGCUGAUUUAGAUGAUGAAACAAAUAGAAACGACGAGUCAGAAGAGGCUAAAAUUGAGAACGACGACGAUUCGAAAAGCAGAGACGACGAAGAGGGUUACAAUAAUGUAAAAAAUGAACAGAAUUUCUAUAAUAGUGAUUACUACAGGAGUGAAGAGAGCAGAAACGCAGAUAAGGAAGUAUUAAAUAUACCGAGCCUAUCACGCAGAUGUACAAGUUGUGGGGCGUUCGAUUGUCCGCCGUUCCAUUGCAAGAAAUCCGGAAUCAGACGAUUAGAAGAGUUAGAGAAGAGAUUUCAUCUGAAUAGUUACCAAGAAAAUUCCGGGGAUGAAGGAGAAACAAAGGACGGGAAACCAUUCAAUACGGACGAUAUGGUUAGGAGCUGUGAGGACUACAAUCACGAACAGAAGAAGCCGAUGUUGAAAUUUAGUGUCAGUGCUAUUUUAGGCGAUCGGGAAGACAGUGCGGCGAAAAAUAACAUCAACGAAUACCGUCAGCCGAUGAUGAACAGUCCGUGGCCCAUUGCGAAGCCCAUAGCCAGCCGGCCGAUACCAGUACAGCAUCAGCAUCUCCAACAUCUUCUGGCUCAUUGUCACCAUCCGUAUCUAGCUGUGAGACCGGCGCAAGCGCACACACAAGUGUUUCCUUUACCCGGUGGAUUUCCGUGGGCCCACAGUUCAAGAGGGAAACCUCGGCGCGGCAUGAUGCGUAGGGCUGUCUUCUCAGAUCUGCAGCGCAAGGGUCUGGAGAAAAGGUUCCAAGUGCAGAAGUACAUCUCGAAGCCGGACAGGAAGAAGCUGGCGGAGAAACUGGGCCUGAAGGACAGUCAGGUCAAGAUUUGGUUUCAAAAUCGUCGCAUGAAAUGGCGGAACUCAAAAGAGCGGGAACUUCUUGCAUCAGGCGGUUCCAGGGAGCAAACGUUGCCAAAUAAAAACAACCCACAUCCCGAUCUAUCCGACGCCGAGGCCGAUAAACCUAAAAUGUCACCAUUAUCGCCUAUAAACGACGAACAAACUGACGAAAUUAAAAACAAAAUGUACGCGUCUACAUCCAACGAUAGUUAUAGAUAUGACGACAAAAUGGCGGCGACUUUUGGCGGGAAUUAUUCAAAUAUGGACGAAGAAGAUUUUGAUAGCGAUGCGAGUGCAUCCGAUGAAGAGAUUAAUGUAACUUGA